AUGGGCAGAAUCAUUUUCUACGAGGACAAGAACUUCCAGGGUCGCUCCUAUGAGACCAGCAGCGACUGCGCUGAGCUGACCUCCUACCUGAGCCGCUGCAACUCCUGCAGGGUGGAGAGCGGCUGCUUCAUGGUCUACGAACGUCCAAACUACAUGGGUCACCAGAUGCUGGCGAGGAGGGGAGAUUACCCCGACAACCAGCGCUUGAUGGGAAUGUCCAUGAGUGACUGCAUCCGUUCCAGCCGCAUGAUCCCCAUGCACAGAGGUCCAUUCAGGAUGAGGAUCUACGAAAGGGAGAACUUCAGGGGUCAGAUGAACGAGCUGCAGGAGGACUGCGACUCCAUCCAGGACCGUUUCCGCAUGUCUGAUUGCCAGUCCGCUCACGUGACAGACGGCCACUGGCUGAUGCACGAGCAGCCCCACUACAAAGGCAGGAUGCUCUACCUGAGGCCCGGAGAGUACAGGAGCAUGAGAGACAUGGGAAUGGGCCCCAUGGACAUGAGGAUUGGAUCCAUCCGUCGUAUCAUGGACUCUUGUUAG